AUGGCGGCAACGACAGAUAGAGCACGCUUCUAUCUGGAGCAGUACGUACCCGAAUUACAAGAAUGGUCGCAGAAAGGCAUCUUCUCCCGCGAGGAGAUCACCUCCAUCACCAAGAAAAGAAGUGAUUUCGAACACAUCCUCAACGCUCGCGGCUCGACACCAGCCGACUACGCACGCUAUGCCACCUACGAAAUGAACCUGGAUGCGCUACGGAAAAAACGCUCUAAGAGACUCGGGGCGAAAGCGACGGCAUUCGGAGGACAGUCCGCACAACGAACCGUCUUUUUCGUCCUAGAUCGCGCGACGAAGAAGUUUCCGGGCGAUAUGGGCCUCUGGAUGCAGUACAUCUCCUUCUGCAAGAAAGAGAAGGCUGGCAAAAAGCUUGGUAAGGUCUUCACGGCUGUGCUGAGAUUACAUCCGCGUGAUUGGGGCCUUUGGAUUCUUGCCGCAAAGCAUUAUGCCGAGACACAGGGUGAUAUGGGAACUGCAAGGAGUUAUUUGCAGAGAGGACUGAGGUUCAAUAUGGAUGAAGAGAGGCUGUGGUGCGAAUAUAUCAAGCUGGAAAUGGUUUAUUUGGCGAAGAUUGCGGCGAGGAAGAAGAUUCUGGGAUUGGACGAGAAGAAGGAUGAGGAGAGAGAUAAGCCGCGGGAAGACCAGAUGGACGAUGAGGAUAUGAUCGCUCUACCUGCUGUGACUGCGGAAGAUUUUGAGCCGGACGCGGGCAAGGGUGUGGAGGAGGUGGACGAGGACAUGCUGAAGCGACUGGACAGCGUACCUGCAUUCACCGGAGGCAUACCGAUGGCUUUAUUCGACGCAGCAAUGAAGCAGUUCGGUCAAAACGCACCGGAGGUCGCCGAAAGUAUCUUCGAUUUGGUCGCAUCAUUCAACCAUGUUCCGGCUACUCCAAAUAUCCUACAACACAUCCUGGAAUAUCUGCAGAACGCACCGCAAGCCUUCGCAUGCGAAGCCAAGCGCGAACUCCUCAACGUUGACUCCAAUUCGCCCGACUUUCCUAUAGCCCUUGGCAAGACACUUGCUCACCUCAAGCGCGGUCUGUCUAAAGUCGACGAGAAGCAGCGGUCCAAGCUUGCUGAGAAGGCUGUAUUAUUGUUACUCCCUCUUGCGGCAGGUACGGAUGUCGGUAAGCGAGUUGAUGAUGCAGAUGUCCAGAAAGCUAUUGAAGCAAGCAUGAAGAAGUAUGCCAAGAUAUGGGGCGAGGCAGCUGCGAAACCCGGCAAGAAAGCGACUGGUCCGAUGGCGCUUGCUGAGAAGAAGCGAAAGGAAGGCUUGGACCACGAGGCAUAUAUUAUCGACAGAUUGGUAUCCGGAAAGCGGCCGAUUUGA